AUGGAGAAGAGCAUAGAAGAGCCACCUGCUAAAAAGAAGCGAAUAUUGCCCCCCAUUGGAAAGGAAGCUGAUGAAGAGAAGCAUGUCUUCAUUUCUGUGGAGGGUUAUGCCGAGCAGAUUGAGAAGCUGUUUGAAGGAGACCAUGAGUUUGUAUUCAUCCGCGGUGGCGUGGCCAUCGGCAAGACCACAUUGGCAGAGCAUUUGGGCCGCUCUGAGAAGUAUGUGAAGGUGCCCUUCACUGAACAUGGUCGUGACGAUGCUUGGAGGGUGAGCACAGUGGAAGCCGUGCAACAAGCAACAGGCAAAGUUGACAGAGCUGGUUCAGCUUUCCGGAGUGCGCUGAAGCAAGCCAAGGACAACAACUUGACCCUGAUUUAUGAUGAAGCUCACACACUGUUCCUCUCUCCAGACCUAUGCUCAGACUUAUUCAAAGCAGACAUACACUAUCGACCACGGGUCUUGCUGUUCUCAGCGUCAGGUGAUGCUUCAAGUACAUCAAGCCUCGCCAUGACAACGCGAAGGGAAAUCAGCCGAAAGGUUAUGUGGACACCACCUCUACCCUGCACUCUAGACCUGAAGGAACAGCUGAAGGAAGCUGGCGUCAAGCUGGACAAAGAGAGCAUCGAGUUCUUCACCAGCUUCUGUGGUGGGCAUCGCGGCAUUUUCAUCGCUGCGAUGCACUGGGUGAAGAGCAAGCAGAACCCGGCUGACAGUUGGAACUUCAGAAAGACGGUGGGAUAUGUGCGGAACAGCUACAAGCAGGGGAAUUGGAACUGUGCUGACACAGAGCUUCUAGGGUUUGUGCAACAGAGCCGUGCAGUGCGUAUCAAUGGUAGGUUCCACGAUGUUGAACGCAUUCCUCGGGAGUUUGUAGAGCUUCUUUGCAAAGGGGCAACCAGCAUCGCAGAAGCGGACGUUCGGAGAGAGCUUACCAUCAAUGGCUUUGUAGUUCCCAAACCUGACAGAGGCAUUGAAGCAGAGUUCCAAAGCCUGGACUGGAACAACGCGCAUACGGAAUACCAAGUGGCGAACCCUCUACUGGCUUCAUAUUACCGCUUCAUUCUGCAGAAACAGUGCGCUUUGGAAGUUGGCAAAGGCAUUGAAGUGAAUCCCCGACACUGUGCAGACUUGCUGAUGCGAGCAUUGCCUUACAUGCUCUUCUGCAAGGUUGUGAGUUUUGAAGGAGAUGAGUCUGAGUUGGCGACAGAUGGUCUUCCGCAUGAACAGCAGUACAACAAGGCCGCCCACAGUGUGCUUCACGACAUGGGCUACAGGACCUUUGCCCCAGAAGCGUCAGGGACGGGCAAGGGGAAGCCAGACCUUAAGGUCCAAAUUGGUACUACAACGUUUAUCAUCGAGGGCGCAAAGGGCAAAAUCCCUGAGCACCUUGAGCGUUUCCAAAAUUUCGAAAACUACAAGAAUGCCGAGCACAAGGGUCUCUACAUCAUCAGCAACAACAAUGAGAAGAUGCUCGAGACCGUGAGGAAGACUUCAGAAGGCGAUGUCCAAAUCAUAGGCUUGGUCCCCAACAUCGCCCACACCGCAUACACCGUUCACGUGAAGAGCAAGGGGAUCAAAAGCAUCAACACCUUCACGGUGGACUGCGACCUCGUGGCAAGGAGGUUGGUGCUCAAAGACGAUGGCGAGCCUGAGCUCUACAGCGUCCAAUCGCUGAAGAGCGUCAACCUGUCUCCAAAAGCUCAGAGCAGACGCUGGGUGAGAAGCAAGACCUCUGAACCCGUCGUCUGGGUGCGGGAGCUGGCCCUGAAGGACGGCGUUGUGUGCGCAUGCAGUGUUAGCCCUGUGGUGGAGUUCUUGGAUGGGACGGUCACCGCCAAGCUGAGGCCCAAGGAGGAUUCCGAUUGCCGGUCGUUUUGGGAGCAGCCAUCGUCGCCGUGCCAUGUGAAGUGGAAUUUGGUGGCUGCAUUUCAGCAGGACUACCCGCGCCUCAAUGAUGUGGACCACUUGAAGAAAGCCAUCAAGCAGAUGAACCCCGAUCUCAAGGACAUCGCUCCAAGGCAUAUCGACAUCUACUUGCAAGAAGCGCGGCUGGAGCGUGGCGACGCAUCAAAGACGAAUCGGAAGUCCUGCGCUCGACUGCUACGGCUUUUUGCCGUGGCAGCGAACUUGAAAAGGCCGGGCGAUGUGAUUUGUCAAGGAAAUCGGAGAAUCAGUGCUGUGCAGGCACCAUCUAGCUCUGCACAUCCUUUUGCACGGUCUCUCUCGGUUUCACAUGUCAAGGUUUGCGAUGUGCAUCAUGCCAGUCUUCGGUGUGGUCAGUUUUGCUGCAAGUGGCGCGCUUAG